AUGCCCUUGAACAACUAUGAACAAGGGGACAACAACGACAACCUAGCGCGUGCUCUCAACCUAGACCAGAACAGGGAUCCCAAUUGUCCCACUACCCCAGAUCAAUGGAGCAACUCUGAGCAAGGUGGAAACAAUUCCCCGGUUAAUACUCUUGGACAGCCCUCUCCGGACUUCACCCAAGCAUUGCCGGCCGCAGAUAGACCCGAGCCCGAGGCCCUGGUGGCCACUGGCACUCAGACUCCAGCUCCCUCUCCAUCUGUUUGGGCGGCCUCAAUGCAAGCUCUCGCCUCCCAACAACCCAACAAUCAAGGUCAGCGACGAGUCAGCUACGAGAGGCGCCAGCUGGAACUCAAUGUUCAGAUCCGAGAACUGGAAAUCCUGCGCGCUUGGGCAACUUUUGAGGCGGAGCAAGCAUCCGGUGCAGCUUUUACACAAGCAAGGAUGCUCCAGGACUUCAUCCGAUUGGGAUUGACACCUGCCGAGGCUUGCAACAUGACAGAUGAAGUCCUUGGUGUAGUCGGAUCGGGCCCGUUGGCUGACUCCAAUGAAUAG